AAAACCCUGAGCUGCAAGACCCGACAGGCUUCUUACACUGCAACACUGCAGGGAGAUGGUUCCUUUUAUGAACAAAAUUGUCAUUGUUUGCUUUUUUACAGCUCAGGUUUUAACAUCAGCCUGGUCCCAGAUGUGUCCUCGACGGUGCCAUUGUCCCGCAGAGAUCCCUGCAUGCGCCCCCGGGGUGCCCCUGGUCCUGGAUGACUGCGCCUGCUGCCUGGUUUGCGCCAGUCAAAAGGGCCAGGUCUGCUCUGAGCUGAACCCCUGCGACACCCGUAAAGGGCUGCAGUGCGACUACUCCGACAACGUCCACAGACGGACUGGUGUCUGUGUCUUUUCCAUGGGGAAUGUGUGUGUUUUGGACGGCUCUGUGUAUCAGAACGGUCAAAUCUUCUUCCCGAGCUGUAAGUACCAGUGCGUCUGCCAUGACGGGCAGAUCGGCUGCGUUCCACGCUGCAACUUGGAUGUAAUGCUGCCGGGGCCAGAUUGCCCAGUGCCACGCAAAAUCCAGGUGCCCGGGGAGUGCUGUGAGAAGUGGGUGUGUGAGCCCCAGACGGAGUCCAGUGCACUGGGUGGCUUCGCCAUGGCAGCUUUUCGCCAGGAAGAAACAGUCAGCUUCAAUGGUUGGGACCCCAGCCUGAACUGCAUUGAGCAAACCACAGAGUGGGGGGCAUGCUCUCAGACGUGUGGCAUGGGGGUCUCCACCAGGGUCACAAACAAGAACGAUGGGUGUGAGAUGGUGAAGCAGAGUCGGCUCUGUAUUAUUAGACCCUGCGACAACCAGCAGGAGCAGCUCACGCAGCUUGCACUAAGGCAGAGAGGCAGUAAGUGCCAGAGGAUGGCGAGAAGUGACAACGCCAUUCACUUCUCUUAUAAGAACUGCACCAGCAUCCAGGCCUACAAGCCUCGCUACUGUGGCUCCUGCACGGACGGCCGCUGCUGUACCCCCMACAGAACCAAAACCAGCCUGGUGGAGUUCCAGUGCACCAACGGUAAAACCACUCGGAAGCCAGUCAUGGCSAUCCUGACCUGUGCCUGCCACAGCCACUGCCCCCGAGACAACGCCGUGUGGGAGCCAUCUGAGCUGGCGUCCGGUGCCGUGAGGGUAUGAGGAGUGUAGACAAUGGUCCUGUCCCAAUACCCGCACUCCCACCCUCGUUCCACCCUUGUGCACUUCAAAUUCGCGUUCAUGUUGAAGCGUUUGAGUGCGUAGUGUGUCCCACAUUCUCCACAUCCGCCCUUCUCCCCGCCCAUUUUGGGUACCAUUUCUGCCCUUCCGCAAAGUCUACAUUUUUACGGACUUCGGUGAAGUGUAUUACCCACAAUUCAUUGCUGCCAAAAGAGCGGCCAUUUUUUUAAAAUAAAUAAAACUUUAUUGAACAU